CCAAUUCACAUCUUUCAUCAUCCCCAACAUCAAAACCCUAACUUUCGAGUAAUUCAAAGAAAACCCUAACCCUCCAAUUCUCUCUGCAAUGGCUCGUACAAAGCAAACAGCACGCAAAUCCACCGGUGGCAAGGCCCCUAGGAAGCAACUCGCCACCAAGGCCGCCCGCAAGUCUGCCCCCGCCACCGGUGGCGUCAAGAAGCCCCACCGCUUCAGGCCAGGCACAGUGGCGCUUCGUGAGAUCAGGAAGUACCAGAAGUCCACUGAGCUCCUCAUCAGGAAGCUCCCAUUCCAGCGUCUUGUUCGUGAGAUCGCUCAAGACUUCAAGACUGACCUCCGCUUCCAGAGCUCCGCCGUCGCUGCUCUUCAGGAGGCCGCUGAGGCCUAUCUGGUUGGUCUCUUUGAAGACACAAAUCUCUGUGCAAUUCAUGCCAAGCGUGUCACCAUCAUGCCCAAGGAUAUCCAGCUAGCUCGUCGUAUCAGGGGCGAGCGUGCUUGAAGUUGUGUGGUCCGUGUGGUUGGUGGUUUUUGUAUAAACUUGUUAGGAGAUCGUCUCUUGUGCCUGGUUCUAGGGUUUUGUUUAUGUAAUUGGUUAGCAGCUACUUUUACUGUUGAAGUUGGCCCUUGUUUUUUUAAUCUUCCUUAAUGAAAUUUCAGCAUUUUGUUUCUA